GUCCGAUCUGCGACAAAGGACGCUUCGCAAUAUUCUAAGAUAACUAGAGUCAGUGACGAGGUGUCGCGUGGCUCACCGCUUGCUACGUUCUUAUCUCGUACCCGAGUCGCAUGAUAUGCCAAUAUAGUACCCAGAAUACCGAUUUUCGGGCUGAGCUGCAUCAGGCGACCAAGCGAAUGUGUGUCUACUUAGUGGUGCCAGAGGCGCCACGUUAACAAAACACGGGGCCAGGGCGUGGAAAAGUUGUGAACGUGGUAUUCGGGGUCGUAGUGUCAGAUUGCCAUGACGGAUCUGGAUGCAGAUCUGCCAAAGAGUUGCGACCCUGCCAAGGCUGCAAAAUCGAGCGGCCGGAAGAACAUGUGCCUUUCAAACAAAGCACGGCGAUGUCAGCUUCGGCCAAGCUUCAGACGAACAGUGCUGAUCCCACUGACGGGUCAAAAUCCGGACCGAUCACGGCGUGAGAUUUGCAGCGCUUGCAUCUCAAGCAGCCUCAUGGCUUUUCUGGAGCCCAAGAAAGAGCUGCGGCGAGGAUCUUCAGAAAGAAAGGAUCUUAAAGACGGAUCCGAUUGUUACCAUGUCUCUCGUAAACGUGGAGCGGGAGUGCUAGACCCGCCAAAACCUUCGAAUCCGGGUUCCAUUUUGAAGGGAGAAUGUUCUCCGUCCAGGGUUGUUCGGAUGCGGCCAUGGCAAAGAAAGAAGACGGGAUUCGGCCGCCAAAAUGGCAUUCUCCCCCGACAGCAGAGAGUCGGGUCGAAUGCCGCCUGCGGGGAGGCUGGGACGCCAAAGACAAUGUGCAAGUCAGCGUGGGCGUGGGGACAGUGUAUUGCAGAGCUUUUAUCCGUAUUGCCUUCUACCCAACGGCAUGUUCCUUGACGGAAAUCGAUCAGAAACACAACGUCUUGCCAAACUUGAGGAUGGUCUAUUCGUACCUUACUCGACCUUGUAUUUAAGCGAGU